UAAUUGUUCAUUGCAUAUUUUCGGCCGAUUGAGUUUUUUCAGCUCGUGCAUGAGCAUUCCUUUUGCAGAAACCGCAUGCAAUUCCGCUCUACAUGUACAGCAACCAGCUUCGUACAUGUAGGUUGCCUGGCAAAUGGCAAACCGCUACUCCUCUCGGUCUCUCGGUCAACAAUCACUUUGCCAUUUUUUAACUUUUGGCAUCUUCAGCCAUCAACCGGCGUUGCGGUCGCUUCGACCCCAACGUUCCAAGAAGAUGAGGUUGGUCACAUCCCAUGAUCAAGUAACUGUGUGUGCGACAGCUGUGCGAACUUAUAGGUCCUGGAGCAGCUUUUCGUCGCGUGCCGGAACCACGAAAUAUCGUUUUGACAAAAUCGUUUUUAUGCAUACUCGACGACGAAGUGUGGCUAUCACAUCGAUUGAUGACGAUGGGCGGGCAGUGAUGUGCCAAUCAACGCUUUCCCUCAUAAACCACAACAACGAAGCACUCUAAAGUUUUUAUCAUCCUGACUUGAGGCACCAAGUUGCACAAUAGAAAGAUGAAGCAAGAGCCGUCGUCAGCCAAGACGAGCUCCGUUGAGAAACCAUUCUUGAGCCGUCGCAUGAGUAGCAGCAGCUUGAGCAGCUGCAGUAACUCUACGGCAACAGACCAUGAUGCAACGAACGAUGACAACAAGUCAUUCCCUGUGUGUGCCGAUGAGCCAAAUCUAUACCAGAUACCCCCAGAUCUGCCACCAGUCUACCAACCGUUGCCCACCUGGUUGGUCGCGUCAUUGGCGGCGUCCGUCAUUUGGAGUUUCCGCACAUUCAACCAGACAACCAACGGUGAAUGGAGCAUGUUCGUGAUGAUGAUUGCUCUAGUCGAAGCAGUUGCCAUUGGUGUACUGCUAAAGUCGGUUCUUGAAGAGAUCCUUGUGCCACCCAUCCGAAUAUCCACCAGAGACUUGAUCCGAGAAUAUGUGCUGCCAUCCAAGUUCUCCAAGUUUGAGUCUGUAAAAUUCAAACUCCCCGCAGCAGAUCGUAAGGCCCACAAAUCUGCGGUCUUGGGAGUACAUUACCAGGAGUAUCAUCAACAGAAGCAGCGGGAUCAGCCGUCGCAAUUCCAGUCCCUUUACGUGAACCACGGAUUUGGUGUUUCCUCCUUGACAUGGGUGCCAGUCCUCCCAAUCUUGGUGGAACGAUUGAGGACACAAAUUGGAUUGGGACACGAUGCCGUGGGGUUUGGCUUUACGGAUCGCGCAAGCUCUGACUGUUUGGAAGCCUACACGCCCACCGGAUCUGCUGCCAUUGGAACGGCUCUCUUGCAGUCAAAAGCUCCAGUUGUGACCAAUGACAAGCCUGUUUUGCUCAUGGGACAUUCAUUAGGAACCUUAGCCACGUUACAAAUGGCGCUGUCGCUGCCGCUGGAGACGCCAAAGUGGGUUGUCCUGGUGGCACCUGCUGUGGGGAUGAGACCUUAUAUCGGGAGACAGAACCAUCUUUUGCAAUGGUUGAUCAAAGGCUUGCUGAGUGGGUUAAGCGUGGUUUGGAAGUAUGCUCUCAAGAGGCUUGUGGGGGCGAAAAACUUUUGGAGGUUGGCUGUAGAGGUUGUGAUGUGGGCAGAUCCCAAGCUUGUUCUCGAUGCAGAUGUCUUGCGAGUCCAGUGGCCCGCCAUUGGUCUGGGUUGGGAGGAUGGAUUGGUGAAGUACGCUCUAGCCAUGACAACAUUGCCAACAACCCCUACAGACCAGGAAUUGGUGGAACAAGUAGUCUCUCUAAGCAACACUGUCGUUACUGUUGUGUGUGGUCCACAUGAUAAGCUCGUGUCAGGCCCUUUCGUGCGCAAGUUUUUUGCACCUCAUGGUGAUGACAUCCGAAUUGUCGAAAUGGAAGGACUGGCGCACAACCCAAUGGAAGAAGAUGUGGGUCGAUUCGUUGGUCUCCUUGAACAACUAUGGGAAGAGGACAAAGGGAGACUAAUCUAAUAAAUCAGUAGUUCUUGAGUUCUAUCGU